CAGGGGCACAGAACUCCAGGGCGACCUCCUCGCGGUCUGACGUACCCAAAGCUGCUGGUAUAAAUGAAUUCACGGCGUCACCAAGCUCAGAUGUUUCGCAGUACCAGUGAGCGCACCCGACUGUCAACACUCACCGGCUACAACACGCACAACACCCCUCUCUCACUCUCUCUCACAAACACACACACACACACACACACACACACUCACAAACACGCCUGCGUCAUGCGUCCUGGGAGCGACGGCACGAACUCGGUAACUCCGAUGGACCCCGGUAAAACGCCCAGCAGCAGCAGCAGUUUGAGAGGCUGACUGUGUCGAGUUUGUGCGUCCAGUAGCGUGUCCCCCCACUGCACUGGGAAAAGUUGCGCUGAGUGUGGUUGCAUUAUGGAUGUUAUAACAACAAGCAGCAACGACAGCAACGCGACCAACGGUUACCCUCACGGGGUGGACGUGGUUACCGACUGGGACGGGGGUGAGAAUGGCACCGGUUCUGGGUCUCUGCCUGAUCUGGAGCUGAGUUACCAGAUUAUCACCUCUCUUCUCCUGGCGUCCCUCAUCCUCUGCUCCAUAUUUGGCAACGCGUGCGUCGUGGCAGCCAUCGCCCUGGAGAGAUCUCUCCAGAAUGUGGCUAACUAUCUAAUCGGAUCCCUGGCCGUGACAGACCUCAUGGUAUCAGUGCUGGUUCUUCCAAUGGCCGCCCUCUACCAAGUUUUGAACAAGUGGACACUGGGACAAGAGAUCUGUGAUUUAUUCAUCUCCCUGGAUGUACUGUGUUGCACAUCAUCCAUCCUGCAUCUGUGCGCAAUUGCCUUGGACAGGUACUGGGCCAUAACAGACCCCAUUGACUAUGUAAAUAAACGGACACCAAGGCGAGCUGCACUCUUGAUUAGUGUGACUUGGCUGGUUGGUUUCUCCAUCUCUAUUCCGCCUAUGUUAGGCUGGAGAAGCGCCGAAGACAGGGCGAACCCCGACGCAUGCAGCAUCAGCCAGGACCCGGGCUACACCAUCUACUCCACAUUUGGGGCUUUUUACAUCCCCCUUAUCCUCAUGUUGGUCCUAUACGGGCGAAUAUUCAAGGCUGCUCGGUUUCGGAUUCGAAAGACGGUAAAGAAAACUGAGAAGACAAAAACAGUGCCAGAUAAGUGCUUGACUGUGUCACCGGCCAUCUUCCACAAGAAAACCAACGGGGAGGCCGGGGGCAAAGGCUGGAAGCGCUGCGACGAGUCUAAACCCAGCUCUCCGUGCGUAAACGGCGCGGUGAAGCAUGGAGAGGAGGGCGAGUCGCUGGAGAUCAUAGAAGUUAUCAGCAACUCAAAGACGCACCUGCCUCUGCCCAACACCCCUCAGUCCUCGCAGGGCUACGAAAACAUGAAUGAAAAGAACUCGGGGGCGAAGAGAAAGAUCGCGCUGGCCAGAGAACGUAAAACGGUGAAAACGCUGGGGAUAAUCAUGGGAACUUUCAUCUUCUGCUGGCUGCCCUUUUUCAUCGUCGCUCUGGUGUUGCCUUUCUGUGCAGAGAGCUGCUACAUGCCCGACUGGCUGGGCGCAGUCAUAAACUGGCUGGGCUACUCCAACUCUCUCCUCAACCCCAUCAUAUAUGCCUACUUCAACAAAGACUUCCAAAGUGCUUUCAAGAAGAUUAUAAAAUGCAAAUUCCACAGACCGUAACCACACACAGCGAAAACAUUUGUUUACUUAAAUGUGGAGUAAAUAAACGGACUGUAUGAAACUGCAAAAAAAAAAAAAAAAGUAAUACAGACUUUCAUUCAGGGACAUUCUCUUUUCGGUGUGUGUUUGAGAACCGUGUAAAAAAAAAGAAAACCCGGGGUCACUGGCCGCUGAUGAAAUGAGACAAGACAGGAACUCUCGCUCUUAAUGUACGAGCUCAUGUUUAUUCAGUGUUGUAGCUACAGUAUAUAGCCUAUGUGAGACGGCAGCCAUUGUUGUAUUGCCAUGCAAGACGUGUCAUGUGCUGAUUCCAUCCAUUUUAUCAUGAGACACGCGGGGUUUGCGUCCUACAUCAUGAGCUUUGUAGCCACUGAAACAAUAAAAGCAAUCAAAGUUUGUCCUUAAGAAAUAUGAGUCUAUUUUUAUUUAGAAAAAGAGGAAAGUAAUGAGCCAAGGGGAGAUUAGGGCCUACUAUGAACAAUGACAGUCUCACUUGGGACCCCUCUGGUCAUACAUCUUCAUAUGGAUCAUGAGGAAUGAAUCAUUUACCCUGUUGUUGAGAAAACAAAGCAGCCUGCAAUCUGCAAUUUAUCAAUCAAUGUGACAGGCCACACUGAUGAUGGGGGGUAGGGGGUGGAGGGUGAUCAGGUUGUCAGUGCAUGGUGUGUUUGAGGUAUGACCACGCUGUCUAUCCAUCAAAUCCAUCUCAUAGUCGAAAGCAAGAAGAGAUGGUUAAUUUGUUCUAAAAUGGGGGCAUGGAGGCUGGUAUUACAUUUAUAAUGUAAUAUG